AUGGCUGCAUCUCAAGCUAAUGAUCCUAGAAGCACAGUUUCUAUUUCAAGGAUUGUGUCUGUGAAUCCCAAACUUGUGCAACCUCAGGGGGUUUUGACCCUUUCAAAUUUGGACAGGCAGUGUCCACACCUCAUGCACUUGGUGUUCUUCUACAACAACCUGCCUCACCAAAGGUUGAAGGAAUUGUCCCUCAAUUCAGUGUUCUCCAACUUGAAAUCUGGCUUGGAAGAUACCUUGGCUCUAUGGUAUCCUGGUGCAGGUAGGCUUUGGCCGAAUCAAAGUGAUGGCAAACUCAAUCUCUGGUGCAACAACCAUGGUGCAGUUCUGGCAGAGGCCGAAACCUCUGUCAAAAUCUCACAACUUGGAAACCUCUCUGAGUACAAUGAAUUCUUUGAGAAGCUGGUUUAUAAGCCAGCUUUUGAUGGGAACCUCUCAAACAUGCCUCUGAUUGUUGCUCAGGUUACUAAAUUUGGUUGUGGAGGGUAUUCAAUUGGUAUUGGAACAAGCCACUCAUUAUUUGACGGGCCAGCAACCUAUGACUUCUUGUAUGCAUGGGCUUCAAAUUCUGAAAUUGUGAAAGGAAGAAGCAAAUCUGAUGAACUUCCAAAGCCAGUGCAUGAGAGAGGGAUACUUCUGAGUGGUACUCUUCGAGGCCCAAGAGGGACAACAAAUUUUCCUUCAGACUCAAGUUCAAAUGCUAAGAAAGCAAGGGCCAUGGCAAUAGAUCACUUAUAUCAACUAAUAAUGCAAACAGCUUGUGCACAAAAGGGUUCUCUGCAAAUCGGAGCACCUUCGAAUCCAAAUAAGUGUGUUCUGAAAACCUAUCAUCUUUCAGGUGCAAUGAUAGAAACCUUGAAAAGGAAACACUUCCCCAUGCAGAGAGGUUCACUUCCUUUCUCAACCUUUGAAGUUCUUGCUGCUCAUCUUUGGAAGAAGUAUAAGGCAAGGAGCAAAGGUUUAGCGGUGGAAAAGGAGAAGCUAGUAUGCCUCCAAUUCGCGGUGGACACAAGGAACAAGAUGACACCCCCAUUGCCAAAAUCUUUCAGUGGAAACGCAUAUGUUCUGGCCUCCAUCAUGAUGGCAAUGGGAGAAUUGGAACAUGCAAGCCUUCAGUGCAUCAUUGAGAAAAUAAGAGAGGUCAAGAACAAGGUGAACCAUGAAUAUGUGAGAGCCUACGUUGAGGCACUAGAAGGACCCCAACAAGGUUCAUCUCUCCCUCCACUUAAGGAGCUAACCUUGGUUUCUGAUUGGACAAGGAUGCCCUUUCACAACAUUGAGUUCUUUCAUGGCAAAGCAACCUAUGCAUCCCCUCUUGCCACUCCUAUUCCACAGGUCGCGUACUUCAUGCAAAGCCCUAGUGACAACAUGGGCGUUGAUGUCAGAAUUGGCUUGGAAGCCGAACACAUAAUUGCUUUUACUGAAAGCUUUUUAAGCAUAGCGUGA